AUGGUUACUGUUGCGCGUUCGGUGUGCAAUCAUGACACCACGCAACGUGGCCACCAGCUUCGUGAAUGUGGCCUGACCACAACGCAGAAUAGCAAGGAACCGUCUCUCUUGCUGGGGGAGUCCCAGCAUGCCGUCGAAGUCCACGUUGGUUAUGGCGGGAACUGUGGCGACGACGACAACAGCGACAAUGACAACUACGGCGACAGCGACGAUGACAACUGCGACGACAGCGACUUACGAACGGACACUCCAACCCGCGUGAUCCAGACAGUGAUAGAGGAGGGCGACAAAACUACUUCGCCCGUGACAACCCGAACCAUCUAA